GCUUUAGGUGUUGCAAAUAAAAGAAUACUCAUAACAUUCGUCGAUUUAGUCUUGUUUUGAAUUGAUAACAUGAUUUCGUUGAAACUUUCAGUCUUGAUUUUUGUUUGUCUUGUUAACAGUAUUGAAGCUAUAACAAAAGAAAAUGCUAUGACAGUAUGCUACUUUAGUAACUGGGCCAUUUUUAGGCCAGGUGUUGGCAGAUACACGCUGGAUGACGUACCCGGUGGUUUGUGUACGCAUGUGAUGUAUGCUUUUGUAGGAUUUUCGGAGAGUUCGCCCAAUAAAAUUACCGAAAUGAAACCAGCUGACGAUGUAAAUCCAAAUGGUUUGCGUAAAUUCUCUGAACUUCGGAAUCGUAUUCCAGGAAUCAAACUACUAGUUAGCGUUGGAGGAUGGGGUCAAGACUCGAAAAAAUUCACUACGGUGAUUUCCAGUGCCGCUAAUCGUCGGCAGUUUUCCAAUAGCGUCGUAUCGCUUUUAAAUGCCUUUGAGCUCGAUGGCUUCAAUUUCCAGUGGCUUUGGCCUGGACAUGCAGGUCGAGGUGGAACCAGUGAGGAUAAGACGAAUUUCGCACUGCUACUGAAAGAACUAAGUGGUGCACUCGAAGUGGACGGCCAUGGCAGGGAACUGACAGUAACAGCACCAAUUGAAGAAUUUAGGUUGAACGAGGGGUAUGCUGUAGCGGACGUAUGUCGAUAUGUGGACUUCGUUUAUCUAACUGCCUACGAACUACGAGGGCCUUGGAACAAUUUUACUGAUGUACAUACUCCAAUGCAAGGGAGAGUCUUCGAACCUGAAACGUUGAAGCAUUUUAAUGUGAUGGAAGGUGUGUCGUUAUGGAUACGACGCGGAUGCCCAGCUGGCAAACUUGUCCUUGGCGUUACCACGCAAGGUGUAACAUAUACCUUAAAAGAUUCCAAUAAAAAUGGGCUGGGAGCUCCUAUAGAAGGAGCAGGAGAAAAAGGCGAAUUCACUGCAUCGGAAGGUUUCAUGGCAUUUUAUGAGAUAUGCAAACGAAUUCAAAAUAGUUGGACGAUUAACCGAGAUGGCACAGGAAAGGUUCCCUUUAUUAGUCAGAACGAUCAGUGGAUUGGAUACGAUGACAUUGAAUCUUUGGAGUUGAAAGUUAAUCUAGUGAAGCAAAAAGGUCUCGCUGGAAUCAUGAUCUACGCUUUAGACAUGGAUGAUUUCCAUGGAAUUUGCGGUCGCAGAUACCCAAUAUUGGAAUAUAUUUCAGCAGAAAUGAAGAAAGUCCCAUCAGCGACAAACUAUGACAUUACAUUCGGAAUUGACAGAGAAAGUUAUUAUGAUUAAUAAUAUUCCAUUGUUCUCAAAUGUUAAAGUAUGUCACGAAAACUGGUCCUUCAACUCAUCUAGCAAUAGCCCAAACAACUCUAAGUUUGUAAAAUGUAUCGUUAUGCAACUAUUUCAUUCCACUGUGCUAUAUUCAAUUACAAAUUAAAAACUAGUGUACAUCUGCAAUUUACAUUAUAUAGGAUUAUUGUACCAAUAAUUAGUCAAGCCAUGACAUUAUUUAGUUUCGGUCUACAAUCAACGAUUAACGGUGAAUUAGAAACCAAUAUCUUCACCUCGGCUUUAUAUCACUUCCGUAGGCAUUUCAAAAUUUCCGUAGGCAUUUCAAAAUUUCAACACAUCCUCUUGUAACUUCGGAACUGAUCGAUUUCGGGGGUAAAUUAAAUAAAUAGAAACAUUUAAUACAGUGAAACAUUUAAUUUCUAUCUAAAUUUGGAAAAAUCGGGCAAGUCAUCUAUGAGAUAUCCAUUGCUUACUGUGUCGAAAAGGGCAGACGCCCCGGGCGCAACGUCUUGGGGGCAAGCGAUAGUUCGGCUUAUACAACGUUUUGUCUUUUUCUAUAGGAAGAUAAUGGAAUUACUGGAAGAACCGACUUUUGAUCGAAGCCCCGAAGACCAUUUUGUUAUAUAACAUUCAACUCAGCUCGACGAGAUCGGAAAUUGUCUGUAUUUUCACUUUAUUCUAUACGCCUUACCUUAUUCGGAGAUGGCUUUACCGAUUUCUACAAGCUUAAGCUCGUUUGAAAGCUACUAUUGAAUUGUGGAUCAAAUUCGAAGAUCAAAUGGCUCUUUUGGUUCCAGAGAUAUUGAUGGUAUAAGUGACGAAACCGCACUUUUUCGAUUCGCAUAAUUUUAUCAGAUUUAACCAACGAUCGAGUUCAAAUGUAAUAUUUCCAAUACAUGAUGUGCGAGGAAUCUUACCGAAUAUGUGACGUUAGCGCUGCACGGUGGUUCAAAAGCUCAAUUUCACACUCUUAAUUGAUAACUCUUUAAAACGUGAUAUUUGAGGUACAGUAUCUUCAGCAAAGUUGCUUAGAAUGAUAGACGCCAUCUUUCGGAAAAUUUUAUUCAUGUGAUUAAUCCCCCUAAAAGCGAGAUAAAAAUAUCAGUUUAGCUCUAGGCCAACAUAAGGACUAAGUUACUUUGACAAAGUUGUGCAGAAAGUUAAUUUAAACAAAUUUUCAGAAGGUAUAUCUGUGUAAAGCAUACAAGUAAAAAUCCUGUAAAAAUCACCGUUGUAUGAAAGCUCGACCGCAAGAGGCCAAUGAGGGAUCACUGGGCUACUCGAAACGCCUCUACAGGAGAAUCGCUACUAUGUGAUCACUUUCUAAAACAACAGUUAAAUUUCUUACACAUAUUGGAAUCUCUACUUGGAUGUCUGUUCUCUGUGCCUCUACUUUAAAUUAGUUACUUGGCAAUGUGUUCCGGACAGAAUCAUCUGUAUCUUACGGUUAGACUAGGCUCUAAGCGAAAAACGUUUCUGCGUAAAAAAGAGCUGUUAAUAAAAGAAUCCUCUUUCAAUAACAUGUUGUAUUUUAGAAGCAUUGAAACUUUCGAGAUUUCGUUCAAGUUUGUAAUUGUCAAUAAAUUCACCAGAUUCGUCAAGGCACCUGAGCUUAAAUGGAGGCGUGCAAUGAAAACUGAAUUGUUGGUCCCCAGCCAAAUAUUCCUUUCUGCUUCGUUCGAAGUAUGUUAUUUUACAUUCUAGCUAAUGUAAAACAAGUUCAAAUGUUUGGCGAAUCUUCCUCCUAAGAAUUUAAAAACACUGUAAACUUUUACUUUCUCUUUUUUAUCAACGAACACAUUUUGGCUAAGGAACCUUCUAUUGUGUCAGAAAGUCGUUUUGCUUUUCAUCAUACUUUCAAAAUCUAGCCAGCGAAAAAUCCGUAGACAUGUGUUACAAUAAAAAUAAAUACUGAUUUGCGUAAUGGUAGCAUGUCAUUAGAAAAGACUUCUAUAAUAUUACUCAGUUAUACCUUUAUUGGAAAUCAUUUAUGGGCAACUCAAAGAACCAGUAAAUGCUCGUUAACUUUUAUAGCCGAAACAAACAUAAAAAAUAUUUGAAACGUAGGUUUCGAUCUAAUCUCCAGACCCGUUCUUUUAUGACUAGCCCCCAAAAGAGAGCCAUAUUUAUCAAAUUUGUUUACACUUAUCAAGCAUAUUAUCAAACGUACGUCUCCUGUAAUCAUCGAGUGAUUGGCAACUUGUCGCUUAUCGGUACACGCUGAAAAAUCCAAGUUAUUUGGAGCAAAAAUAAGAUUUGUUUCAUUGCAACCCAGAAGAUGGUUGUUUCUAACAAUAUUUAAUAUAUGAGACCAGAGAGUAAGAUUUUACGAUGAUAUGAUUUCUGACGGUAGGUGAUGUACUUAGGUACAAUCGAUCUUAUAAAAUCGAAACAUAGUUUAGAUGUUUUUUGAAUUGAGAAUAUAAUUAGCUAGAUUUAUUUCUUCGUUUAGCGUGUAUAUGGAGCCUAGAGAAAUUAUUUCUUUGUUCAUAUUCUGAACAAUCACUUAGUGCUUUUACCUUUUUCAUAUAAAAAGGCAUGUAAUCGCUGUAAAAAUCUAGAUUUAGACCAUGUUAAAAAAAUUAAGGCCCGGAGAGUUGAGUGUCAUGUAAUAUUCAACUCAGCUCGUCGAGAUCAACUAAUAUCUGCUUUUCAAUGGGAUGGACGCAGGUCUUACAAGCCUGUUUCCAUAUGUUCGAAACCCAUAUGUUAAUAGACAAAAAUAAAAACG